GUCGUAUAGAAAGAGGCCGGCUGAGGGGGCGUGUAGCGCACAUUCAUGCUGAAGUUGGACACUUGGAGAGGUUUGCGCACUGCGAAGAGAGACACGAAGGGAUACAGAGGAGUCUCCAGUCCUCCUUCCAGUCUUGAUCGUCCUUAAAGGAGCUGGCAGCGGACAUGCCCAGACCAGUACACCGUCACUGAGACCGGGAUUCAGCUCUUGCCAGAAUGAACGGAACCGCAGGCAUCUGCAACCACUGCCGGAACAUGAUCAGAGAAAAGGAAAAAGGAAUGAAGAUGUCAAGACGCAUAUCAACAGGACCAAGCUCAUUUAUUCCAGAAAAUGAGAUCAUAGGAGCCCUGCCUCUGAAUGACUCCGCAGUGAUGUUCUUAGACGAAGAGUUCAGCGGUCGUAUGGACAACCUGACACAGGUGAUGGGGCUCCAUCCGCAUUAUCUGCAAGCCUUCCUGCGCUGCCACUAUUAUCUCUUGAGGAUGGACGGCCCCCUACCACUCCACUAUAGGCAUUAUAUUGCUAUAAUGGCUGCAGCGCGGCAUCAGUGUUCCACGCUGGUCUGUCAGCAUGUCCAAGAGUUUGAGCAGAUUGGCGUGUGUCUUGAUUGGUUGAGAGGUUUGGAGUUCUGCCCACAACGACUUCGCAACCUCAACGAGAUUAACAAGAUCCUCGCGCACAGACCUUGGCUUAUUACCAAGCAACACAUACAGGCUCUGGUGAAGACAGGAGAACACAGCUGGUCUCUAGCAGAGCUGGUUCAUGCUGUCGUACUGUUGGCACAUUUCCAUGCCUUGGCUAGUUUUGUGUUUGGUAGCGGUGUCAACCCUGACCCUGAGGUCACAGAGGUCAACGGGGUCACGCAUGACCUUUGCCCUCCAGCAAUGGCAGGUUUAUGCACCUGCCACCUAACAAACGGCAACCAAGCCAACGGGAACCCCCUGUAUAACCCUGACACUGGGAGUGAGCUGGAAGCUCUGAUGGAGAGAAUGAAGCGAUUGUUGGAGGAGAGAGAAGAUGAUGAUGCCUCAGAGGAGGAGAUGUUCACUCGCUUUGAGAAAGAAAAGAAAGAGAGUCUUCUAGUGGUGUCUGCAGGGUUUGAUGAGGAAGUGGUGCCACCUUCUCCCGUGGCUCGAUUUGUAGACGACCCGUCAUUUGGAUACCAAGACUUUGCACGACACGGAGAAGACAACCCACCCACUUUUAAAGCACAAGACUACACAUGGGAGGAUCAUGGUUUCUCUCUGGUGAACAGGUUGUACUCUGACAUCGGUCACUUAUUGGAUGAUAAGUUCAGAACGGCAUGUGAUCUUACCUAUUACAACAUGGCCAGUCACGAGGGGGUGGACACCAGCAUGCUGCGCAGGGCUCUCUUCAACUACGUCCACUGUAUGUAUGGAAUAAGGUAUGAUGAUUAUGACUACGGUGAGGUGAAUCAGUUGUUGGAGUGCAGUCUGAAGGUUUACAUUAAAACAGUGACGUGUUAUCCAGAGAGAACCACGCGCCGCAUGUACGAGAGCUACUGGCACCAGUUCAGACACUCCGAGAAGGUUCAUGUGAAUUUGCUUCUAAUGGAGGCUCGAAUGCAGGCAGAGCUGCUCUAUGCUUUGAGAGCCAUCACUCAUUAUAUGACCUGACCAAUCAGACUUCGCCAGUUAUAUGACCUGACCAAUCAGACUACAUCUUUUAUGUCACCUGACCAAUCAAGCCUCACCCACAAUAUAUGGACAUCAUUAUUAUACCUAAAUUCAACUACAACAUUUUUUUUUAAUCAUGAGACAUGUUAUUAGCAAUUACUUUUGCAUAUUGAAUUCUUAUAAUUGUGUCCAAAAUUGUGUAUACUUUUUCUUGGACUGUUCUGAUUGCUAACUAAAUGAAGGACACUGAAUACAGAGUAUAAUCCCAAAUAUCAAAAUGGGAUCUAAUGGCAUGUUCAAAUAAUUGUGGGUGGGCAGUUAUGACUUAAUCUUUCAUGGUCAGAUAAAUCCCAACAUUAAAACAGACUCGAAUCCUUGGACUUGGCCUGAUCAAUCAGACGACAUCAUGACUUGACAAAUCACGUUAACGUGCAAUAUUUUUUUCUCACUGAAAUCUCACUUAUACUGUAAGCUGAAAUACUGGAGGACUGUGUUCACAUUUUGAAACAGGAAGUUGCCUUUUUUUUUUUUCUUUUCUUUUUUGCACAUCUGAAAAGAACUGUAUUUUGGAACAGAAUGCCGUUUUCCUUUUGUAAUAUCGGUAACAGAAUGUGAGACUCCUGUAUGGAGUACACUUAAUACUUUUUAGUUAAUACUCCUGUAUUUUUUUUUUUUAAUUCCUGUGCCUUUUUUCUUUCACGUAUCUUGUUUAUUUCAUAUUGAAUGUAUUGUUUCGAUUUUUUUGCAGUUUGUUUCUAGGCUUUUUCAGAUCAAUUUGAUUUGGUUUAGUUGUUUACCUGGAAGCUUUUGUAGCAUUAUUACUGUACUAUCAGACCUUUACUAUUUCCUUUGAGCCUCAGUGUUAUACUUUAGAUAGCAACAUUCAUUUUUAAUAUGUACGUUGCUGCAAUAGCUCUACUAAUCACAUCUCAUGACUUUAUUUCUCUGUGUGUGUGUGUGUGUGUGUGUGUAUGUAUGAGAGCUUUAAAAUGAAGCUGAAUGUCUGUCUGCGUAGGAUAAAGUAUUUGCACAUCUGUUGCGCAUCUUAUUCAUUGGUGUGCCUCUGUGAAAGAAACCCAUGCACAGGAGCAUGAGAGAGUUCAUGCGUGUGAGCGAUUGCCUGUAGGGAGCGUCUAGAAACUAACUACUUUUGAUACUAUUGAUGUGAUCAUAACUGUCCAUGAAACCAUUUCUCAAAGGUUUAUUUAUAUCGCUUUAAGAAUCAUUGCUCCGUAUUUGCACAACUCUAAUCGAGGUGCAGCAUCAGUGUCCUUUAAAAAUAGAUUAAGAUUGUGUCUGAAAUGAAACAUAUAGUGAAAAGAUAAGCUUUAUAGAAUGAGACAAAGUGUUGCCCCGUUCAGUCUCACGGACAGUGCCUUAUUCAUGUUUAGAAACGCAGGUUAGAUUUCAUUUAGUCGUAUAUACACCAGAGAUAGUUUUGUAUGUAUCAGUGGAGAAAGUAAAUCUGUCUUCAAAGUGCCUUUCAAACUUAGUUGCAAAUGUUUCAAAGUGUAUGCAGCAUAUUUGUUGGCAAACAUUUUUUGAAUACUAGACAUGUGUGUCUGUUGCAUUUCCUACUUGUGUUUAUUCCGAUCAAGGUGGUGCUUUCAUGUUCUCCACUCGUAAUAAAUUGAUACAUUUCCAAAAUGCCCAUCACAGACCUGUACGUUUCAAUAAAGUUUCUAAACAAACUUA